CGACGAGCGUCAAAUCGUAAGUGGCGUAAGUAAAGCCGACUAUCAAAAAAAAUCGUAAUCAUAAGCGCGCGAGACAUACAAUAUCGCUUUUGUCAACAUUAAAAUACGAAAAAAAAAAAACAUCUUACUUACGCCGGUUUUUGGUUUUCGAGUGCGGUGCGGUAAUUGUCGCGAGCGUGUGCGGUGUGGUGACAAGACGAACAGCUGCCGGUUAUCGCUAAGCGGCUGGACCGAAAAACGGCGCGCGGCGUGACGGCCAACGGGUGCGCAGACGCAGACGCAAACGCGACGGAUAGAUAAUAUUAUUGUUAUUAUCGUAUUAUAUAUAUAUAUACAUAGUACGUACUACGGACACGAGCCGCGGUGCUGGCCGUCAGCAUCCAUUACUAUACAUCUACCGCAGGGACCGUAUUUCGUCGACUACACACGGCAAACGACAACAACGGUGGCGGCAGUGGCGAAUGAAAAUUCAAAAUGGCGUCGUCAUUGAUCGGCGGGCCAGAGACGACCGAUCGAUAAAAACGCUCCCGCGGCCCUUGUGUUGAGCGGCGGCGGCGGUGUGUGCGUGUGUGUGAUAUAUAUAUUUUUUUCGUCUAUUACCUGGCCCGGCUACUGCUGCUGCUACGACGACGACGACCCGUGUUCCGUUAAUGCGGCAGCAUACACUACCGCGCUGGCUCCGGAUGGAUCGCGAUUUAAUGAUAAAUUAUUAAUACUGUCGCGAUAAAAAUAUAUAAAAUAAUUCACAUUUAUCUGUUGUUGUUGUUGUUGUUGUUAUCUUGAUGAGAAGAAUGCGUUGCGGGCGGUGGUGGUCCGCGACGGCGUAAUCCGUUCGGUUUGUUUGUUUUUUUUCAAACUCGACUUUGUAUCCGUUUGUCGAUUGUUUGGUGCGCGGCCGACAAUAUUUCUAAUCAUAUAUUUAUCGUACGCGACCGAUACCCGGACGUGUAGAAGAGUCGCCGGGCGAUGGCGGCCGCCGCCACUGCUAGUUCCACUGCCUGUGCUCGUGCUGCUGGUGUUCCCCCGUCACGCAGGUGCGUACGCAGCCGUACUCAUAUUAUCGGAAUAUUGUGUAAUGAACUCAGUUGAAAUUUGACAACAUCGUCGAACUUAACCUCUACAAAAGAUAAAUUUUAAAUAUAUUUCUUUUUAAUUUAAAUACUCUCAGUAAGAUGAUGAACCGAAGCGACAAUGAUAUUAAUAUGACUGGAGACAGCGACUUGGACGAUGACGGUUGCUUGUCUUCAGAUGAUUGUGAUGGGGACUCGAACGCGAGUCAAAGUGAUUUGAUGUCUGCAGCGAUGGGAGACGAUGUGACUGCACAGCUUGCCGCAGCUGAAAAACGCAAUAGCGGAUCAUCGAACAGUAGGGGUCUUUGUUAUGGUUUGUGUCGAUCAGGACCCGUUGGAAUGGCUGCUGCAGCUGCGAUUGUAUCGUCAAAGAAACGCAAGCGGCCACAUUCAUUUGAAACGAAUCCAUCCAUUAGAAAACGACAACACAAUCGCCUACUAAGAAAACUUAAAGUUACCAUUGAUGAAUUCGCUACGAGGGUCGGUCAACAAGCAAUUGUAUUAGUAGCUACUCCGGGAAAAGAAAACACAGGGUUUAAGUGUUUUGGUGCCAAACCCUUAGAAGAUGUUGUUAAAAACUUAAGAAUGACAAUUAUGGACCAGCUGGAUACUGCGUUAGCGCAGCACGCGCCUCCGCCAAUUCCUGACGAUCCAACUUUGUACGAGCUACCACCGCUCAUUCUGGAUGGAAUUCCAACACCUGUCGAAAAAAUGACUCAGGCUCAGUUAAGAGCAUUCAUACCUUUAAUGUUGAAGUACUCGACGGGACGCGGUAAACCUGGCUGGGGUAGAGAAACUACUAGACCUCCGUGGUGGCCCAAAGAGCUUCCAUGGGCGAAUGUUCGAAUGGAUGCUCGUUGUGAAGACGAAAAACAAAAAAUCUCGUGGACUCGAGCGUUGCGACAGAUUGUUAUUAACUGUUACAAAUACCAUGGUCGAGAAGACCUAUUACCUACAUUCAAUGAAGAAGAAGAAGGCAAAACAAUUGUCAAUAAUGUAGCGAGCCAGUCAAUUGUUACCUCUGUACUGAAGUUCAAUCCAAAAGCGAGUAAUAUAGAAUCUCGGAAUUCGCCAGAUGCACAAGAACAACAGCAACAGCAGCAGCACCAGCAGCAACAACAACAACUCACUCAGGUGCAGUACUCGCCAGCUUUCCUCCAUUCCAUUAGUAACGUGGAUGGAUCAAUGUCGAUAUUUCACGUUGAUCCGAGCAACCCAAUUAUAACUUUACCCGACGGAACCCAAGCUCAUGUUCAGGGAGUUAUAAACGCUUCUCAAGGAGCCAAUGGUCACACCGUGCAUUCUGUACAUUCUCUUGGUGAAGGCCAAAACUCAGAUGGAGUCACCGUAGAAAUGUUAAAUAAUGUGUCUGAGGCCACUAUGAAUCAAGAAGGCCAAAUAAUUAUUACUGGUGAAGACGGACAAGUGUCCAGUAUGAUCACGGUGCCAGUUAAUACAUCGUUGUACCAAACUGUGGUACAGCAAAUAAGUGACGGCAGUAUACAGGUUGUGACGCCCGUUAUGCACAUGCCCAAGUCAGAGCCCGGUGUUGGGAUGGACACGUCAAACGGUGACGUCGAGACCAUCAGUGUGCCGCACCAAUUGGUGGCCAUCACCGGGCAAAACGGCGAACAAGUGUUGCAGUUGAUCUCGUUGAAAGACAGCAAAAUGAUCAAUACCACAGUUGGCGAGAUUAAAGAAGAGGGUCCGAGCAUUACCACUUCGGACCAAUGAGAACAACUCAACCAAUACCUGUGUUUUGACGAAGAAGACAAAGAGUUAUAACUUAUAAUUAUUGCGGAACUUCGGCACAAGUAUUUUUUUUUUACUUGCAUAUACCAUUGUUUUUACCUCAUACUAAAGUCGUGUACAAAUAUUUGUAUUUUUUAAUCACUUCCAUUGAUCUUUAAUAAAAAAAACAUUGGGUACAUUGUCGUCUCGGAGAGAUGUUAAGCGUUAUUAUAAAAUGAUUUUAUUCUCGAUUUUAAACUUUUCGUUUUGUUGUUUCCAUUAUAAAUAAGGUAUAGCGUUUGGGAUUGUCUAAUUGUAGUAGGAAAGUACAUUUUAAAUUAUAGCUAAAUAUAAAAAAAAAUAAUGAUAAUUUAGACCUCCAUUUAUUAUAUAGACUUAAUUUAUUUAUUACUUAUGACCAUUUUAGAACGUUGUACAUUUAAACAAUUUAAGGAAAAGUCAUAAAUUAUUGUGUGGCCAAUGACUCUAAACCUAGUCAAUAUGUUAGUAUAGUAAACAAUAUUACUAAAGUUAAAAUUUUUGUUUAAGUUGUUUUUCGAGUAAUAAUAAUUUUUCCUUAGAUCAUUAGCCAUUUUUAUUUCCAUGUCGAGUGUAUUUUCUUAUUAUCUGUUUUUCAAUGUUUUGAAAGUGUUGUUUGUCAUUUCAUAAACAAACAUAAUGAAAUUUAAGUAAAGUGCAAUUUAAUAUAUAAAUGUUGAAAGAAAAAUAAUAACCUAUUUUUCUUUCAGUAA